UCUGAGCCUCCGUAAUUGCUAGCGCAGUAUCUGGAACCACCAGUUAUGGUUAUCCUAUAGGUGUGGGAGCAGAGGGCCUGGAUUCAAAUCCUGCCUCAACUUUUACCAGCCGUGCGGCCCUGGGCGUCUCACUAACUUUUAUGCCUCAGUUUCCUCAUUUGUAUAAUGAGGAUAAAUCCGCCCCCACCUCUCGGGGCUGUCGCCAGAUAAUGUUUGUAAAGCGCUUUGUUAACCUUAAAGCACCCCACGAGGGCUAGCUAUUGUUAUUAUUAUUAUUGGGGGCAGCUAAGCGCCACAGGGAAUAGAGGCCUCCAGCCAGGAAGACCUGAGUUCAAAUUCAGCUCAGAUACUUCCUAGCUGGGUGACCCCGGGCGUACCACCUCACCCUGUUUAAAUCAGCUUCCUCAUCUGUUAAAAGAAAGAAGGAAAUGGCAAAGCGCUCCUGUACCCGCUAAGAAAAACCCAGAAGAGGGUCCCCAAGAAUUGUGCCCGACUGAAAAUGACAGGACAGCAGCGAUGAUUAAACGACACUUUUUUUCUCCCGCCUUUCAUUCGAAUGUUUGACACUUCGGUUACUGCAGCCUUGGUUGGAGACACAGAGAAUGUCAGUGUGAUGCUCACCCUGGGGGACGAUGCUCUGGGAAUUCUGCCCAUGCCUGACUGUGGAUUGCAGAGUAAUGGAACAGGCAAUUGGAGUCUGACUGUGACCCCUCACGCGAGGGGCUCAGAAGUGACCGUAAGAUUGGAUGGCGAUUUGCAGCCGUGUGUCUCAGAGACCGAUUUCUUCUCUGAGUAUCCCUGUAUUGUUGAAACACUUCUGGUUUCUGCCUCCCGCAACUCCUCCUGUUUGGCACACUUACUCAUCCAAGUUGAGAUCUACCCGAAUACUUCCUUUGCCCAGAAUGUGUCAGGUUUUGCAACCAGUAAAAGAGAAAACAGGACAAAGAAAAAGAUGAAAAGAAAGACAGGAGAGAACGCCACCAUCAUCCCCAACCAGGUGUAUCAGCCCCUCGGCCCCUGCCCCUGUGACUUGUUCAUUGGGGCCUGUGAUGUCCAGUGCUGCUGUGACCAGGACUGCACGCCCCAUUUAAAGGACCUAUUCAGAGAACACUGCUUUACGGGAGUUUUUGGUGGAAAUGUGAAUCCGCCUUUUGACCACCUGUGCUCUACCCCAGUAACAGAAGAGGUGUCGGAUUUGUUCCCCUUCUUGUGUGUUCAGUCCUCCCUGGAAAACACUCCUUUCCUUGGUUAUUUCUUCCAUGGCUUGAUUUCACCGAGGACAGAGCACACCUUCAGGGUACCCAGAUACAGCAGUAGCACCAGCUGGUUGGAUCUGGGCUAUUGGCAAGACAGACCAAUCCUUACAUCGAACAAUGAAUUCUUCACCAUACCCCAGGUGUCCUUGGUGGGACAGUGUGUUCAAAAGGCUCCUGUGGCCUUUCUUCGGAAUUUUGAUUCAAACUGUGCUACUAACUUGACAACAUAUCAAGAAAGGGAAAAUAUUAGUGAAGUGAGAUUAAUAAACAGUCUUGGUGAAGACUGGAUUGUACCCGAAGUGGUCUAUGAGGAGUCAACGGCUUUAAACAAGUUCAUCUAUGACACAGAAACAAUUCUUCACCCCGGGCCAACAUUCAAAUCCGUGCACUUGGAAGAGCAUUAUACUUUCAGAUGGAAAGAGAACAAAAUCACUGAAUUAAAUGUCAGAAUCAUUUGGGCAAAAAUUCAUGCUGACCAGCAAGGAACAUUGACACAGAGAUUUAAAGUAACAUUUUUAACCUUCAAUGCUACGGAGGGCUUGAAGCGAUCUGGAAAUCCAGGUUACCACCCUGGCAAGCCUGUGAGAGCCCUGAAUGUCGCAAGUGCUGAGAACGUCUCCACGAUAAACCUUUGGCGGCCAGUUGGCAGCGGGCUGUGCACGGAGAUGGAAACCAGCCCGGUUUUGUUUGGAGAAGACGCUGUAUCUGGAUGCCUCUGGGAGGUUGCCAUUGAUGAAAAUUGUACCCACCUCAGGGCAGAAGUUAUGAACAGACUUAAAUCAUUAGUACAAGCUACUCAUGUGGCCAAGAAAGGCAACUCAGACUAUGGGAACAUUCAAGAUGGCUGGUUGAAAAUAAUAUGGAGAGAUACACAUUUUCCUCAGGAAGGGCCCUAUUUUAUGGACAUAAAAGGCAUCUGCCCUGAUGUGCCUGCCACGAUGACUAUCCACUUCCUUAUUUCGAAUAGUGGUAAUUUGGAAGGGAUUCCCCAGGAUGUGAUACUUGGUGCAGAGGUCAGCUUUUCUUCUGUCACCUGGCAGUUCCACUGUGGGAUCACCUGUGAAGAUAAACCUAAUCUUUUCCCGCUCAGUGUCUCAGUCCAGUUUAUUAGAAUACCUCCUCAACUGACCCAGCCGCUGACAAGUUUCCAGAUCAGCCUUGCAAACCGUGACUGCACCAACAAUGAAGUCUGCUGGUCAGAGCUUAUAUUCCCCUUGAGCAAGUAUUAUCAAGGAGAGUAUUAUUAUUCCUGCCUGGCCAAAAGCUUGAUGCUGGUCUUCAUCUUCAGCUUGAUUAUAUUCAUCAGAAACCCGUGGAUCAGAGAGCACAUGAUUUGGGGCUUAUCCGUCUUUUAACUUCUCGUGACUUCAGAGAGCAGCGGCAAUCUUGUGGUCAGGAUUUGGGACCACGAUGGAAAACUUCUCUUAGUGACACUUUUCCUAUGUAUUUUUGUAAAAAGGUGGUAUUUGUGAAUAGUCAGUUUGUUUUUAAAUGCACUUGCUCAAAAGGCUGGCCGCCAGCCAGUUAAUCUGAUUUUAGCUGCAGCAACUGUAAGAUACUAGCUUCUGAGAGGGACGUGGCUCCCAGAGGGGGUUUGAUCUGCCCCAGUGGUAAUGACACUUAUACUGGGAGAAUCACAAAUCCUGAAAGGGCAGAAGCCAAUAGAGCUGUCUGUCAUUGGUGGAAAUCUUAGCAUCCUCAAAGUGAUGUGUCCAAGGCUACACAGUUUAGCAUACACAUUAAUAGAGUUGAGACUAGGACCUUAAAAUAAAAUGUUAAAAAGUGUGAAUUAUUGAAAGAGUUAAAUAUGUAUUCAUAAACUGUAAAUGUAUGCUUACGAUCAAUCUCCUUGAAGAACUUCUUGUUUUAAGUCAGUAAGAACUGAUUUCUUUUUUUCAAAAAUACACUUAGAUUUAUAUCACUUUACCAGAUGAUCUUUGGUUUAAAUAGAUUUUUGUGUACUAUGAAUAAAUUUUUUUCUUUUUAAGAAAU